CAGAGCCAGGGUCCGACACGGAUCAGACCAGAUCUACACUGAAGGUCCAAGUCUGAAACAGAAGCUUUUCUCUCUCCUGGAGUCAUGAAGAUGAUGCUGGUUCCAAUCCUGCUGCUCUGCUGCGUCUGCCUCCCAACUCAAGGUUCAUGGGGAACCAUAAAUGUCUCCGAAAAAGGCUGCUGUCAAAGUUUCAGAUCAACACCAAUUCCCUGGGCCCUUGUGAAGGAUGUGACACCGACGCCGAAUGACUGCCCUCACACUGCUUUGGUGGUAAGAACUGCGGCCAGAGAUUUUUGUGUCGACCCCAAGCUGCGGUGGGUGAAAAGACUGAUGAGGAAAUUCCCCACAACAACAACAACGACCACCUCUAGAGUCUUCCUGCGGAGGCGGAAAACCGUCAAAGUCUAACUGCUGAGGACGUUGUGUCAAAAACUGAGGGGGUAUGUGGGCACAAUGACCGCAGUUUAUCCUCGCAUUAGCCUGAAUAUACAUGUUGUAUGCACAAGCAAACACUCUGUCACGCAAGUUUGGCAUGCGUUCAGUUAGUGUGAAGAUGUGUCUGUUCAGAGCAUGUUGUACAACACUCUAUACUGCACACCUGUGGUCAAACUACAUAUUGUACACCACUCUAUACUGCACACCUGUGGUCAAACUACAUAUUGUACACCACUCUAUAC